CUCGCAACUGGGCAGGGCUCCAAAUGAGCAGCAACAACAACAAGAGGCAGGAGUUCAAAGUUAGCAACGGAUUGCACAACUUCUACGCUGGGUGACUAUUAACAAGCUGGAACUGUGGCGGCAGCAGCAACAGCAGCACCAGCACCAGCACCAAGCGCGCAGGGAGACGGCUCAGCCACUGCCCCCAGUCAAUUUCCCGAGUUUGAUGUUCCCCUGCUGCCUUUGGGUCUCACCAUGUCUCCCUUUGGAAGGAAUCUCUUAAAGACCCGCCACAAAAACAGAUCAUCUGCGAAAGAAAUGGGCUCCAGUGACCAAGAAAUCAUAGUCUGGGUUUGCCAGGAAGAGAAGAUUGUCAGUGGAUUGACUAAACACACAACUUGCAUUCAAGUAGUUGAAGCUUUGCUGGAAGAACAUCAGACCACUUUGGCAGAGAAGAGAUUUCUCUUUGGACAACCUAAAGAUUAUUGCAUUAUAGAAAAAUGGAGAGGUUCUGAACGGGUUCUUCCACCUCUCACAAAAAUGCUCAGACUCUGGAAAGCCUGGGGGGAAGAGCAACCUAAUUUGCACUUUGUCUUGGUCAAGGCAGAUGCUUUCCUUCCCUUACCCUUGUGGAGGACAUCUGAAGCCAAAAUAGUUCCAAACCUGGAAAUGCACUGGGAUCUGAGUCCAGCAAAUUAUAUGAAGAUGUUGUCAGUGGACAAACAAAAGAGAAUUCUUAGGAAAACCUUUCGGAAACUGGCCAAACUUAAACAGGAAGGAGUUCUGCAGGAGAGGGACAAUAUAGAGACACUAAUCCAUCUCAUCCUUUCUCAAGACCACACUAUUCACCAACAGAUUAAUAGAAUGAAGGAACUAGAUAUGGAAAUUGAAGAGUGUGAAGCCAAAUUCCAUCUAGAUCAGCUUGAAAGUGAUGGGGAAAACUAUGUUCAAGAGUCUUAUUUAAUGUCUUCUUGUAGCAGUUCUGAACAGCUAAUGGAAAUGUCUCAUAACCAUCAGCAGGAAAGUUCAAAUAAAUGUGAUGGGAUUUUACAAGUGGAGGAAGGACUAAAGCACCACAAGUUAAUGAUUGAAAAACUCUCUGCUGAAAUUGAACAAGAGGUUAAGGAAAGUGAAAAAAAUGGAGACUUAUGGACAGAAGAAGCAUCUAAAGGUGAAGUGGAGAACGCUGAUCUAGAAAGUGUUAAGAAUGAGCUGGAGAGAAGUAUGAAAGAUGCUCUAAGGAUUCAUUCUCACUUGAACUGCAUAGAGCAGGAACUAAAAUAUCAGGAUUUGAUGCUUCAAAGGAAGGAAAAAGAAUAUGAACUACUUGUAGAAGAGCUUAGUGAUUUGCAUGCUAAUGAUAAAAAUGUAUUCAGUUACCCAACCAGUGAAGAGGAAAUGAAGGACAACGAAACUGGAACCUGUACAAAAAAUUUUCAAGGCACAGAUCUUCUUCACAAAAUGACAAAUUUAGACCUAAAUGAUACAGACUCCGACACUGGAAUCAGUUCUACUCACAGCCAAGAUUCAGAGACAGCUAUAGGAGACACAUUGCUAUUGUCCACAUAGUUGAAAACAAUUAUUUUAAUUGAGGCAAAUGUAAUACUUGCACCUAUUAAAAAUUACAUAGAAAAUGUGGCACUUUUAAAAAUUGAAUCUAGUUCUAAUGGGAUAUCUUCCCUGAUUUUUUUCAUAAAUAUAAAUCAGGCAAAUCAUAACAGCCAAAACUCAUAAACAGAAAGGAAUAUACAGUAAAAUUAUCUUCCCUUUUUUCAAAUAAUGUACCAAAUUCAACUGUUCUAUUGAUCAUGUAGAUACAGACUAGUUAACCAGACUUGGGAGACAUGGACAGAAGUAUAAGUCCAUAUAACAAUACAAGUUCUCCUUUGUAUGCAUUAUCAGUCCAUAGAAUUCUAUGGGAAUAUUGUCUUUUGUUUUUAUAUACUGAUUCACUGCCAAUCCAGUGCAAUAACAAUGUGGAUAUUUUGCGAUGCAAAGCCUAAUCUUUGAAGUCUAUGAUAUUUGUGGAAAAUGCACUGCAUUAGAGUUAGCAGUACAGCAGAUUUUUUGUGCUGCCUUUUAAUUAAACGAUAAAACAAAAUCUAACGAAGUUGCUAUUCCAAUCAAAGUUCUUGAAUUGCACAUAAGCAAUGUUUUUAUCAAUACAUCAUUUACUACUGUUACAUAUCUCUAAAUAAGGUACUGAUUUUAAAGAUCAGUUGUUUUCCUAAAUAUAAAUUUAAGAGAAUGAAGUAAAUAAAUUUUACAGUGCCAUAGUAUAAAUCAGAAUCUGAUAACUCUUUAACCAACAUAUGCUAGUUAAGCAAGAACAAGUGAGAUCAGUGCUUGAUGUAUUGUAGAUGAGGCCUACAAAACUAGUAAUCCCAGAUUACAGCAUAUGAAUGUUGUUUACAUUGGAUUAAUGUAGCGAUACAGUGAGAAAGACCAUCAAUAAAAGGCCACUUUCUAGACUGGA